UGGGGAAUGUGGAAUAUUUGUUUUCUUCCUGUUCUGGUAUCUCCUUGUAAAACCACAUCCAUAGGCCAACUCUACCCUUCAAUCAUUACCAUGGGCUUUUCCCCAAAUGGUUCGAGGGUUUCAAAGGGGAUGAUAGAUUCGUGCCAGGAACACUCUUAUCUCUUCAGGGUGGAGUGGAACUUGACCACAGGGAUUGAGUUGUCAAGAACAGAAGUGUGACAGGCUGCAACCUGAAGAGAAGGGAAGGAAGGCUUGUCUGUUGGGAAAAGAUUGAAUAUUUGAUCCAGAGGUGUUCUGCUGACUACAAUUUCUGCUUUGAUUCCUCAGUUUUACAAUCGACACAUCCACCGCCCAACACCAGAAUGACUUCUCCAGAUUUCAUCCGACGGGCUUGGGAGACUGUCCAUGGCUACCCCAUGGUUUAUGCCUUUGCAAUAAACUGGGAAAGGAUUGAGCAGUUCCAAUGCAGGCCAGAAGAUAUUUGGAUAAUCACUUAUCCCAAGUCUGGUACCACGUGGGUAAGUGAAGUCAUGGACUUAAUUAAAAAUGAUGGAUCCGUUGAAAAACAGGAAAAAAUUCCAAUUAACCAACGAGUUCCAAUGAUGGAAGCAGCAGCUCCUGGGGUACUUCCCUCAGGUACAGAGUAUUUAGAAAAUAUGCCAUCUCCUCGGUUUGUGAAGAGUCACCUGCCAAUUUCCCUCCUUCCUAAGAAUUUCUGGGAGAGCAACUGUAAGGUAAUCUACUUGGCUCGGAAUGCCAAGGAUGUGGCAGUCUCCUAUUACAACUUUGACAGAAUGAACAAGUUCCACCCCGAGCCAGGCACAUUUGCCGAGUACCUGGAGAAAUUCAUGUCUGGGAACGUGGCCUACGGCUCCUGGUAUGAACAUGUCACAAGCUGGUGGGAGAAGAAGAAAGAUCACCCCAUACUCUAUCUGUUCUAUGAGGACAUAAAAGAGGACCCAAAGAGGGAAAUUCGGAAGGUGAUGCAAUUCCUAGGGAAGAAAUGGGAUGAAGAGGCCUUGGACAGAAUUGUCCAACACACCUCCUUCGAAGCAAUGAAAGAGAACUCCAUGGUGAAUUACAGCUUACUGCCAACUACCUUGAUGGAUCACAGUAUCUCUCCUUUUAUGCGCAAGGGGAUUGCUGGUGACUGGAAGAACUACUUCACUGUGGCACAAAAUGAAAAAUUUGAUGGAGAUUAUGAGAAAAAGAUGAGCGGAACAACUCUGAAGUUCCGAACUGAAAUUUGAAAAAAAUAUGGGUUUUUAUGCAUAAAUAGAUUUGUUGCAAUUUCAUUUUAACAGAUAUCUCUAAUGAAGAGUUUUGUUUUCUUAACCUAGAAAAUAAAAGCAACUACCUUGAUGGUUCAAAUAAGGGUAAUUGCAUAAAAGAACAGAGUCAAAAAUUUGGGCAAUUCCUAAGCAAACCAGCUCCUAUCCAACUUCUGAUCAAUAGUUUUUUUAAUUUUAUUUAAUUCUUUCCAGUUAACACAUCUAUUUUCUCUCUACCCCAUCUUGCUGUCUCCUUCCCCACUCCCUCCAAAUGAGGGGGAGAACUCUAGUAAUAAAUAUGCUUAACCAAGCAAAACAUA